UAUUCAUAACCUGAAUUUAGUCAGGUUUAGCUUGUGGGAAAAUGCAUGUAGCUUCUUCUUUGCCAUUUUAUCAAUGACACAUUGAAUAAUUAUCAACAAUGUGUAGAUUAUUUAAAAAGUUAUUAACUGCAGUUUAAUGUAAAUUCAUUUUGAAAAAGUCUAUUUGUGUAAAAAAUCAUGCACAUGUUUUUUUAUAUAUUACUAUCAGCUGUCACGUUGACACUGACGUCACAGUCUCCCUGGCAGUGGAACCUGACAGCUGUUCACCAAAGAAGACAGUCAGGAAGAUGUUAAUCCAUUCAGCCUGCGCACUGGAACAUGGGCCUGUUGUCAAUCCUCCGGAGGCUGACGCAGUCACCAGAACAGGAGGUGCGCUUACUAUUGUUAGGUCUGGACAACGCUGGAAAGACCACGCUGCUGAAACAGAUGGCGGCUGAGGAUAUCAGCCACAUCACCCCAACUCAAGGCUUCAAUAUAAAGAGUGUUCAGUCUUCGGGCUUCAAGCUCAAUGUCUGGGACAUUGGAGGCCAACGCAAGAUCCGCCCGUACUGGAGGAACUAUUUUGAGAACACGGAUGUGCUGAUCUAUGUGAUUGACAGCUCAGACAAGAAAAGGUUUGACGAGACAAGUCUAGAGCUGGCUGAGCUCCUGGAGGAGGAGAAGCUUGCUGCAGUGCCACUCCUCAUCUUUGCUAACAAGCAAGACUUGAUGACCGCCUCGCCGGUCUGCGAGCUGGCGGAGAGUCUCAACCUGCACACUAUCCGUGAUCGCAUGUGGCAGGUCCAGGCCUGCUCAGCUGUCACUGCCGAAGGACUUCAGGAUGGCAUGAACUGGGUUUGCAGAAAUAUAAAAUUUCGGAAAAAAUAACCGAGGAAACAGACGAUCUGUGAGGAAUUGCAGUGGCACUUUACAUUUAAAUUAUUCUGGACGAAAAGUUGACAUCAUCCUGUCUUUGGGAUCGAGUAGCAUUAUGAAAGAAAAAAAAAAAGUAUAAAUUGUCAUUGUGUUGAUUCCACUUGUUAGCUUGAAAUGUAAAUACUGUAUAAGGAUGUUUUAUUUGUUUCCAACACAAUCACAUAUUUUGUCUGAUUCUUCUGUGUCCAUCUUUGUGUCUGCCUGUGAGUCUCCCGAGUCAACACUAGAGGGCAGCCUUGCACUACUAUGUCUCUCCUCACCUGUCGUCCAGUUAUUAUGUAUAUUGAAGCAUCCUGUGCAUCCCAUCAUCACCUACUCUUUCUUUACUCAGACAGCACUGUUCACUCAUACUGUAUAUCGCGAACUGCAGAGUAGUCCAAUGGAUUCCGAAACAGGGCGACUGUGGAUCAGUUGUACGGCUGGGUGUCUGUCAACGGGAAGGUGGAGGGUUUGAUUCUAGGCUCCAAUAGUCUACAUGCCAAUGUGUCCCUGGGCAAGACACACAAACGGCAGUGAGUAGCAAUGGAUGUGUGAAUAAAUGUGCGAAUGGCAAACACUGCAGCUUUUUGACUGAUCUUCAGACUAUUUACUAUAAACAUCUUAAAUAUUGCUUCACAGUUUUGCUUUAAGGAACCACUUAUUUAUUUAUUUUGACUUCCAACAAAUGGAAAAGACAUUCAAAGAAACAUAAGGGAAGUAAGUAAGACUACUGAAGAAGCCCACUGCGUUGCUAUGGCCACACGCUGUUGCACCUCUGUGUCAUUGGACAAAAUGACCAUAAAACAUGAACACUUGCACACGCAUGCAGGAAACACACCUUGACACAAAUCGGGCGUGCACACAGAGUAAACCGUACAGAGACACCUUGGCCAUUCAAUUACACAACCUCUCACCUUGUUCACCGUGCAUUACUACAAGGCAAUUGCGUUUUCUGUCUAUUUCUCCUAUUUUGUCUUUUGCAGCACAUUUGCCACAAACCCCACUAAUCUGAGCUGGCCGAGUGAUCUGCAGUGGUCCUAUAGGGAAUUUACAUACAAACCUUUUCCAGGACUAAUAGCUCUCCAAUAGAAUUUGCAUUUAUAUAGCCCCGUUCAUACUAACAUGAUUUGGAGCCUUUGCCUGUGAUAAAAAUAAACCUCCUCCUUUGGCCUU